CAUCAUCUGCGGGAGGUGUACCUGCGUUACGAGAGCAUAGAGAGCGACGUUUGGUGUAAGAUCAUCGCCAUGCAGCGCCACCAGCGGCUGGCGAAAGCUUAUAUACGCUCGCCGACCGUCACCGUCGACGCCUCGGAAGACGGCUUCACGGAGAACACCAUCGGUCUGGGAGGGUUUGGUCGGCGCGGCGCGCGUGGUGACAAGGAAGUGAAACACAUUAUGCAGAGAGUCUCUCAGGGAGUCACCUUGAGGACGGACCCUGACGGAAACAUCUACUGCAGACGCCUAACAGACGCUGACGUCAUCGUAAAACGUCAUUCGCCCGCCGACGGAUUCUACGCGGAAGAAGAAAGCAGUGACGCGGUCGCCUUUGAUGAAGAGGUCAAGAUAUUCAGCAUGGCGAGCUACAAGCGGCUGGUGGCAGAAACGCUGACUGAGGCGACCUACCUCAGCCGCUGCAGAUUCCUACAACUGCGCUGCUUCGUCGGCCUCGCUUUCGUCACGGAGAGCUCUGAUUGGCUGACGACGCCAUGUUGGAUCUGUCUGAUCAACAUCGCCGCGCUCGACUACCUGCACAGCUGCAUCCAGCAGCUGAGAGCUCGUCGCCAUGGCAACGCCGACGCGAGGUAGUCUGGAGUAAUGACGAUUAUGGCGACAUCUGGCGGUGGGAAACGGAGUUAGUUUGAGGUUUGGUGUGAGGUGUAAUCUUGACACUAGUUGUACCUAGCUUAUUUAAAGCGCGUUAAGUAUUUUUCUGGAAUUCGCACCAGACCUGUGGUUUGUAGGUAAGGUUUGGUUUGUCCCGAGUAUAGUUAUAGAUAAGGUAGAGUCCAGAUGUUGUAGCAUAUUAUAGUAUGCAGCGAGGGUGAAAUGAAAUGACUUAAUCUUCCGCUUGCUCCGUUGAUACACGCGCGCGCGUGUUAGUGCUAAGUAAGGCUAGGUUUACACUACCGACUUUAUGUUGGCGAAUUGGCGAGUUGGCGAAAAUAGAACA